CCUGCCCCGAUAUUUUAUCCUCUCCAUCACCCCCUGCAAUUUUAAAGCGGUUUUUACGAUCACACCUUGUUGAAUUCAUCGAGAGAGAGAUUGGCAUUUCCAUUCCCUCGUUGCACAGAGAGAGAGAGAGAGAGAGAGAGAGAGAGAGAGAGAGAGAUAUGGGAAGGACAUUAAUGGUGGUUUUAUGGGUGGUGGCGGCCGCUGCGAUACUGCAGAUGUGCAGUUCUCCGGUUGCAUGUCACUACGGGAAUGCCAACAAUUACAUGGAAAAUGCAAAGGCCGGAGCCAAUAUGGCCGCAGACAACGUGAAAAGGAUGGCAGACGACGCAACACACUCCCAUUCCUGGGCGGACGCCGGAAUGAAUGGGCAGAACACAAAAGACGCGGCCCAGAAUAUGAUGGAUGCCGCCGGCGAUGCUGCCUCAAAAGCCACAGACACCAUCACCUCUGCCGCAUCUGAAACAUCGAAGUAUGCAUCCCAAAAGGCCAGCGAAGCGGCGAAUAUGGCAUCGCAGAAGGCAGAGAAGGCGAAGAACGUCGCGUCGGAGAAGGCGGAGAAAGCGAAAGAGAAGGUGGCGGGGACAGUGAAUUACGGGAUGGAGAUGGCGGCGUCAGCCAUGGAGGAGACGAAGCAGAAGUACAAGGCGGCGACGGAGGGGGCGAGCGAGGAGGCGAAGACCAAGUAUGAGGCUGCCAAGGAGAAGGCUUCGCAGACGGCGGGUGACAUGGGAGAUAAGAUGAGGAAGAACGCCGCCGAGCUGUAACUAAUAAGUUAUAACAUGGCUGGCUAGGUUAGUAAUAAUAAUUCACGUAAUAAUUUGGCAUCCUGUCUUUUUAGUAAGGCAUUGUGGAUCAGUGAUGUGUCAAUUAAUUAGUCAUCAUAUUAUAUAUGUACUUGUGUUUGCUUUAAUAUAAUUAUGUAUUAGUUUGAUUUAUUAAUUCAAAAUACAGAUGAUCAAGUCUUCUCCA